UUUCAACCGACUUGCCACUUAUCAUGGAAACAACGAAGAUGGAGCGCAAGAUCUGCUUACCACUUCACCACAGUAUGACCUGGCACACUGUGUGGCUCAAGACUUGCAAAUGUCAAGAGGUAUAGCAAAGGUCUUUCUUAGGAAGUUUGGAAGAGUGCACGAUCUGCGCCGAUCUAACCCGGAAGUAGGAGAAGUACUCCAGAUAACUG